GGUCGAUGACUCAUGCUCCUGAUAACGGUUUGAGUACAGGAUUUUCAGUAAGUGUCAGAUGUCUCCCAGCGUCGAAUUUCUGUAAGAUUUCUCCAAAUAGCGUGAGAGCAGUGAUUUCUGCAGCCUUCCUCAAUCCACCAGAUGGUGGCAACAUACUAGUAUGAAACCUGCUGAGUCUUCAAAGAGUCCAUUGGACACCAUAAUGCAGUCAGUGAAAGUUGUGGUUGUCGGGGCAGGAGUGGUGGGUCUAUCCACAGCGGUGUGCAUCGCAGAGACCCUCCCCCACUGCUCAGUGACCGUCAUCAGUGAGCGCUUCACCCCUGACACCACCAGUGAUGGAGCCGCUGGGAUCUUGUUUGCCUCUCAGUUUCCAGAUAUUCCUCUGGAGCGGCAGCAGCGGUGGUUCAAGGACAGCUUUGAUCACCUGCUGGCCAUCGCUCAGUCCUCCGAGAGUGGGGACACAGGAGUCAUCCUGAGCUCAGGGUGUCAGGUCUUCAAGGAGGUCCCCGCUGAUAAGAGGCCAUUCUGGGCAGAGCAUGUCCUUGGCUUCCGCGUCCUAAGCGACCGUGAGAUGAAGAGGUUCCCUGAUCACAGGUUUGGACAGGCAUUCACUACAAUCAAGUGUGAGUGCAUCACCUACCUGCCCUGGCUGGAGAAGAGAUUCGGCAAAGCUGGCGGUAAGAUCCUGUAUGGGAAGGUCUCUGAUCUCCAGCGCCUGGCCGACACCUAUGAUGUCAUUGUGAACUGUUCAGGACUAGGAGCUCACUCCCUGGUGGGGGAUACGAAGAUGUACCCCAUCCGUGGGCAGAUUCUCAAGUUCCAGGCCCCCUGGGUGAAGAACUUUAUCCGUGAUGGGGAUGGCCACACCUACGUCUACCCAGGUGUGAACAGCCUAACCCUGGGGGGAACGAGGCAGGCUGGGGACUGGCGUCUAAAGGCGGACGUGGGCGACAGGGAGGGCAUCUUGGAGCGCUGCUUCCGACUGGAGCCGGCCCUCCACGGGGGGCAGGUGGUGGGGGAGUGGGUCGGCUUGCGGCCGGGUAGGGAGAGCCCACGGGUGGAGGUGGAGCGGCUGAGAACGGCAGGCGGCCGGGAGGUGCCGCUGGUGCACAACUACGGCCACGGGGGCUGGGGGGUCACACUGGCCUGGGGCACGGCCCUGGAUGCCCUAGGGCUGGUGAGGCAGUCUCUGCUGCAGCAUCCCCCCAGGGCCAGGCUGUGAGCAGAACUGAGCUGUAGACAUGUCUGACCUGUAUUGGUCUACCCAUAGCAAAAUGGGUGUUUCUUCUGGGGCAUUAAACAUCAAUCCAACUGCAAUGAAUCUCAUACUGCUAGGUACUGUUUUGAGUUAGACAUAUAUUCAUUGCCACAGGCUGCUGAUACAGGUACAGAUGUAGAUGAUACAGUCUCAUUGUACAAUGUUACACCUUGCCUUACACUGUGAGAUUGCAGUGCUGGUAGUGAAGGCAUAUGACAGAACAUCUAAACAGCCUACAGUACUACUGAUAUACAGUUUCUGAAAUCUAAGUACAGAAUAACAUUUUGUGUGAUAAGUUUUAACAAACUUCUUGGAUGGGAAGGCAUGCCUGGAUGCUUAUUUGCUGUAACACUUGGUUCACUGUCUGUUUUUGAUUGAAUGAAUUUGGAUGAUUGUAGGGGCUAUCCUUUAAUCUGAACACUGCCUUGGGGAGAGUUCAACCCUUAAUAGAGAACUGCUCUAAAUUGCUUUAAAAUAAUACAAUGCAGAUGAUAACUAGGUAAACGGGUAAAAUCUUUUGUACAAUAUUGAUAAUAAUUUGGUAGUGUAUUUAGCUGUUUGAUUACUUUCUAAUCGAUAUUAAGGACAUUUUUGAAAAGAAUAGUGAAUUAUUUAAAUAAAUUGUUCUUUAACAUCAAA